UAGAGGAGCAAGUAACGGACAUCUAGCUUUACCAAGACCGAGGUCCAAUCUUCUUAAAAAAACCAUCAUUUACAGAUCAAUUUCAUUAUGGAAUAAACUACCAAUAAACAUACACUAGCAUAAAUAGCAAAUACAACUUUAAAAAGUCUGCAAAAAAACAUCCCGUCAAUAUGUAAUGUAUAUACAUUUUUUAUGUUUUCAUUUCUUUUUGUAGCCUCCAGGGUUACGCAGGGGAUCCUGGGAAUUGGUGUUGUCAGUUGACAAAAGGCAGUCCAUAGUCGUGCAGUGUAUGGGGCGCCGACUGCAUAAUUGGUUGAACCUGGGCUCCCGUCUCGUCCUUCCCGUGCUGCUUGCCACAUUGGUGUCAGAAGUGGGAUUGGUCUGCGCACACGGAUAAAGGAUUGGGAUUCAGGGUUGAGCCCCAUGGAAGCCCCAACCGACGCCGAUUCACCCUGCGUUAUUGGAGCGCAACGGCCCACGGACAGAGAAAUGGCAGCUGUCAACCUCCCUCUGGUGGCAAGGACGGCGGUGAACCUGCCGAAAAUCCCCGGGGCAACGGAGCUUGAUCUGUUCCUGGCCCAGUUCCGGCUCGCUGAGUGGCACAAUGGCUUGGGUGCCGGGGAGGCGGUCGUCCACCCCGCCCUUGCGCUCGAGGGGACGGCGGUGCAGGUUAUGCUGGACCUGGCCCCAGCAGACCAACGGGACCUCCGAGUCCUGGCCCUGAUCCGGGCUUUGGAGAUGCGUUUCGGGCAGCGGGCGGUCUUGAACCACAGCAGGGGGCUGCUAAACAGCUGCCGCCGUCGGGAGGGGGAACGGUUGGGGGCCUACGCAGCUGACAUUCAGUUGUACGCCCGGCGUGGCUACCCCAACUUCCCUGCUGCGGCUAGGGAUGAGCUAGCCCUUCAUGCCUUCCUUCAGGGACUUGCCAUCCCGUGGCUGGGGCAGCACGUCCGCCUCAACAUGCCCCCGACCCUCGAUGUGGCUCUCGACGUGGCGGAACAGGCGGAGCGGGAGCUAUCCGACCAACCCGGCCUGCAGUCGUCCACAGAGGAUGCUUGCCAGGACUAGUCUGGUCCGGCCAAGCACUGCUGCCGCCCCUGUGGUGCCCGGGUGGACGCGGCUGGGGCAGCCCUCUCCCGUGACACAACGACAGUUUCCCAGUCCGGGCAGGACAAGGACCGGGUCCGGAAACCCAGGCCACUAGACCUCGAGCCAGAGGAGUGUCGGCGGGUCAAGGACUGUGGGUGGACUGGACAGCGUCCAAUGCAUCAUAGCGGUCGGCGUGGCCAUCGACGGGCCAGACCGCGGAGGGCAACGGAAGAUGGGGUCCCCGAACGGCGCUCCAGCGCCCCCGUAAGGCAGAAAUUGGUGGGUGCCCCGAUUGCGGUGGUCCCUGACCACACCCUGAGGGCUGCUGCUGACCCGUGGGUUCGGCGGAGGAGGGCCUAUUCCGCCCGCUGCCGGAGACGGGCGUCAGAGACUGCGCCGCAAUUAGCCACCUGCAGGGGCCGAGGCAGCGGCGGCGGCGCCAGCCACCGGAACAUUACAGACUGUGUGAUGGGUGCUGGGGUCGUUGCGAUGUCUGACCCCUAAGGUGGGGGCUGUGUGGCAACCCCUCCGGGGUCUCGCAGAGGAUCCUGGGAAUUGGUGUUCUCAGUUGACAAAAGGGGCUUUUGUCGUCCUUGUUUUGUUGUUAGGUGAAGUAGGGUUAAUGGGUUCUGGGUGUAAUUUGGUUGCGUGUAGUUGUGUGUUGUUUAAUGUUAACAUGUGUGUGUAACGUUGCCGCCGCCGUCACUGGCUAUGACUUGUUUGUUCAUUGGGUGUGCUGUUUUCCAUGUUUGAUGUUGGUCGUAAAUAAAGGCAGUCCGUUUGUCGUGCGGUGUAUGGGGCGCGGACUGCAUAAU